GCUGGUUUGUCAUUUUGACAAGCUGUCAUUUUACGCUGGAAAAGUGUACUAUUUGCCUAAAAAUUUGUAAACAAAUAGAGAAUUAGUUGCAGAGACAAUUUAUAUUAAGUAAUCGUUAAUUACGAAGGUUAGUGAAAAAACAUUCUUUACUUUAACGAAUUCUAAAAUAACGAGAUUUAUUCGUGAGAAUAUAACCUAUAAAGAAAUCUUAGAUUAAUUUCUAUCUACACAAAAAUGGGCGAAGAACAGAACAAACCGAUGUCAUAUAAAGAGAAGACUCUUCUCUCGCUUGGAAUCAAUAUGCUGAUGGGCCCAAGUUUGAUUGAGGCAGCAGAAAUAGUCCGACAGAAUGAACCUCCUCAAGCUGCUGGUGAUGAAGUUGAGCUGGACUUCGAGAAUAUGAACCCAACAACUCUGCAGCUGCUGAAAAAUCAUGUUAUAAAUACUUUGCAAAUUGAGAGCCUUGAGGCUUUAAGCAACACUUCACCCAAGCAUUCGGAUGAAGAGGGGGAAUUUGACAAUGACAGGGGCUUGCAGGAAAACAGAAACAGUCCGCAGCGAUAACCGUGCAUUAGAUAAGUACCUACUAUAGUAAUUAUAUUAUCAAUUAUAUCAUAGGUAUGUAGGUUUUAUUAAGUGUGUUUAUUUGUAAGAAGUUUAAUAUAUUUAUAAAAAAUUUAUAGUAGUGCCUUUAAGAUAUGUACCUAUGCGGGACUUGUAUUACGGAAUAUUUGUUUUUUUUUUGUGCUCCAGAAGUAUAUUUCUUUUUUAAUACAUGUUUAAGUAUACUUAGUAUGUAUUUACUCAGGUAUUUGUAUAUAAAAUAAAAUUUGCUUAUUAAAAUUACAUACUGUAAAUAAUUUCAAUUCAGAACAGUUAUUUAACUUUUAUGGAAUAAGAUAGUGAUGUUUUAAGCAAAAUAACAUUCAACUUUAAGAUUUUAGGUAUACAUGCCCUAGAAUCAUUCUAUCUGUGUACUGUUCACAAGUUGCAUUGCACAGUAUAGUCUCGGUCUGUUUUUAUAUUACCUAAGAUCAUUGCAUUAGUCUUGUGAAAUAACAACAAAAAAUACAGAUUUAAAAACUUAAAAUCUAUGUACAAUAUCCGGAAAUGCUAAAAACGGUGGUAGCGCUUGCUUUAAAGUAUCAUCCAUUAUUGGAUACCUAUAGAGACUUGUAUAUAUGCUAUAGCGAUUGCAGACCAUUUGUGUCAAUCCGCAGAUAAAGGGAGCAUUUCAAGGUGAGUUCAACUUGCACCAAAUAUUAGCUAAAUCUUACACUUUGGACUGGACCGCCUUAUAUGUAUAAGUACUUUUUUUCAAAGUGUACCAUUGUCUAUAUAAUUAUGCUGUAAUAUUACGACAAAAGGCAACUACAGAGAGGGCUAUAACUCAUAGGCAGUGUAGAUAGGAGGGCUGGUAGCUUUAAAGUAAAAAUAAAAUAAAUAAACAUUCUACUAUAUGUAUAGGCCUAACAUCUCAUGUCACUAAACAAAACAAAGAAAAAAGAAUAUGACGUGUUGAUAUCAAUUCGGUUUUUUUAUUUCACCAGUGAUUAUGAUUGAAAAACUUGGAUUAUAUUGUAAACAUGCUGUGCGCUAAUAAGUAUCACCUACGUACCUGCCUCCUAAACUAUGCGGCCAAAUAACAUGCUGUAAAAAUCUUAUCUUCAUGAAAUUACCUACAUGACAAAUUAAUUCUUUAAGCAAUAAUAAAUAUUGUACAUACCUAAUGAGUAUACUUAAAGAUAACCUAUAGCUUCCAUUUAAUUUGUAAAAUAAAAAACGCUAUUUUGGCUUAAAAGAUUUGUAUAGGUUUAUCGUGUCCCGGACUAUUAUGUAAGUAGUGUUAAGUAAUAUUUUUAUAGUAUACCUACGCUAUUUUCACGUAUAUUGGUCAGCGCACGCACUUCGUUUCGACUGUGUAUGCGGAACGUCCAAAGCGCGAGCAAUGCAAUUUAACAUUGACAUAUUAUUUUUUUUUGAAGACCGAUUUAAAUAAAACAAACACUAAAUGUCAACCCAAUCUUAAUACAUCUUUGAAAAUCACAUCCACGUGAUAUUUCCGACUUAGUAGGGUCUUCAUUAGGUAGUA